UGGCCUAGAAAAAACCUAGUAGUUAUUUUUCAUAUUUGGGAGGCUUGGAAGCUGAAAUAAGGAGCCUGCAGGUUUGGUGUCUGAUGAAGGUGGGCUCCCUGGCUGCCAGAGAUCCAUCUUUUUACUAUGACCUCCAGGGGAAAGGGCAGAUGAGACCCCCUGGACACAGCCCCAGGACCCAACACUCCCCAAAGGCCCUCCUUCCUAAUCCCAACACUGGAGGCCAGGAUUUCAAGGUGUAAUUGGGCGGGGAAAGGGCACAAGCAUUCAGACCAUAGCACAUGGGAGCAGACUGGGAUGGGGUAGGGCAGGAAAGAGAUGAGGCUAGGGAGAAUGGUUAGAGAAAGACUUCAGUAAUUAAAUGAGAGAGUGAAGUCUCACAUUAGACUAGGGACAGGGACGAAGAAGUGAGGAAUGGAUGGUUCUUGAAUUCCAGGGUCCUGGACGCUGUCAGGGACAAAUAUGACAACUUCUGGAGGGGAGGGAACCAUCCAUUGUGGUUUGAGUUCAGUUUCAGGCAUUCUGGCUUUGAUGUGCUGGUGGAGCCAAGGGAAGUAUGUCCAGCCAACAGGUGGAAAAUAGAGCUGAAUUUGGGACGUCAGCUGGGCAGCUGUUUGCUUGUGGUCAUGGGGCAAGGCAAGAUGAGUUAGACAAGGGGAAAGGAGACAGUAGGACUGAGACACUUUGGUUCUUGAUUUCUGAUUGGUGAAUAGCAUGUGAAAGAAGCACCAGCAGGAGGCAUUGGGAGGAGAACCCAUCAGAGCAGAGUGCCUAGAACCAUGGACUUUGCCUCUGCAUGCCUCCAAUGACAAUUGCCACUUUCUUCAUGUAGGACAGAGCUUUUAUAGGGUCAGAACGCUGCAGGAAAAUCAAAAGAAGAGGUGCAGUAUUGAAAGAAAGAAAGAGAGAGAAAGAGAGAGAGAAAGAGAAAGAAAGAAAGAAAGAAAGAAAAAGAAAGAAAGAAAGAAAGAAAGAGAGAGAGAGAGAGAGAGAGAGAAAGAAAGAAAGAAAGAAAGAGGAAGGUUAACAGGACUAUUUCAGGAGAGCUGUGAGGAUGAGUUGAAGUUACAGUGAUAUGAUCAGGAAAUCUGAUUGAUGGAAAUAGACCUAAUUCUCUUACCCCAGGGAAGUUGAGUGGGUCAGGGAAUAUAAGACAUCAGUUAUUAGGGUGCGAAGUGUCUGUGGCUAUGUUUUUUAUUGAUUGAUGUUUUAAGAAGGAAAAUUAAACACAAUUAUAAACUUUGUGCAAAGGUUUUCAGAGUGUGCACCUGAUCUUAUAGGUGUCCCCAGGACCCUCCUGGGGUUUGUAAGGUGAAAACUCUUUGUAUAAGUUUCCAUUUCCCUUAUGUUGACAUUUGCACUGAUGGCACAAAGCAGCAGUUGUCAGUGAAGCUUGUGACACCUUAAUAAAUGCACAUCAAAGCAGGGGCAGUGGCUACACUAGUAGUCAGGGCAUCCUUUACUGCUAUGGAAGCAUCAAAAAUAGUUCACCCAAGAAUGUCCUUGGCAGAGCACUUAAAUGAUGGUGUUAAAUCUUGACCCUUGACUACUCAUGUUUUUAAUGUUCUGUGUGACAAGAUGGGAAAUGUGCACAAAGCACUCCUGCAUGCUGAAGUAGGGUGGUUGUCUUGAGGGAAAGUGCUUGUGUGAUGGCUUGAGUUGCAAGCUGAACUAGCCACUUUUUAAAUGGAGCAUCAGUGUUAUUUGAAAGAAUGAUCUACAAACCAUGGUUAGUCAUAAAUAGGUAUUUGGCACACAUUUUCUCAAAAAGGCAUGAAAUGAGCCUGUCAUUUCUAGUGGAAAACAAGAACAAAAGCAAAAGACUGAAAGGAUUAGUUGCUAAUGAAAAAGCUUGACCUUUCAAAUGAGAAUCAGGGGUUUGGGAAAUGUGCAUCUGUCACAGUGAUUCUGAUGGCUUGCUAAGACUUUUUGUUUGAGAUCUGUGGUGAUAAGGAAUUUUGAUAUGAUAUAGUGUGCCAGCAUUUCUAAGAACUACAAAGUCAAUAUUUCCCAAAUGAUCCAAUGUACGAUGUUAGAAAAUCUUGCAUAAAAAAUAGUGCUAUUUAACGUGUAAAAAGGGAUCAUUGGAUUUUCCAUAAGAGUACAAGAAGUUCAUUGAUCGGAUUCAGAGUCAAUGUUGUGACUUACCUUUAAGAAACUAUUUAUCAGAUUUUGUUUAGGUAUCAAAGAAUAAUCUGUAAUUAACUGAAGAGGCCCCUCUCUCUGGCUGCAGUUUUUCACAUCCUGCAAUCCAAAGAACAUAGCUCAACAGAUUGAAUGCAGAAGCAGACAGAAUCCAGCUGUCUUCCAUUAAAUCAGGCAUUAAAGAGAUUAGUAAAAAAUGUAAAACUACGUCAUUCUUCUGAACUUUUAAAAUUGAAAGUCUAUAGUUAAUUUUUAUUAAGCUGUCAGUGUCAUUUUAAGUAAUACAAACUCUUAGUUUUAAUUUCUAGUACAAUAAAUAUUGAUAUAAUUCAUGAGCCAAGCUCUUUGGAGUCCUCAGUAAUUUUUAAGAUUGAGCCCUGAAACUUUAAAGUUUGAAAACCCACAGGCUUGAAGGAAGAGAAGAGAGGGAGGAAAACAAGAAGAUGAGAAAAUGGAUCUGCAGUCUGUUAGUUGCUAGGUUGAAGGGCGGAGGAGGUAAGCGCCAGUCUGACUAAAGAGAAAACGUACAUUCAGGACACUUUUCUAAAGAAGAAAUCAGGGGUCAGUGCUGUGACGUAGUGGGCUAAGUUUCUGCCUGAGGCACCUGCAUCCCAUAUAGGCACUGAUUCAAGUCUUGGCUGCUCCUUUUCUGAUCCUGCUCUCUCCUCAAUGCCUGAGAAAGCAGUGGAAGAUGGUGCAAGUGCUUGGGCCUCUGCAUCCUUAUGAGAGAGCUAGAAGAAGCUCCUGCCUCCUGGCUCCCAGCUUCAGAUCAACUCAGUUCUGGCCAUUGCAGCCAUUUGGGGAGUGAACCUGUGGAUGGAAGACCUUUUUGUCUCUCCCUCUGUCUGUAACUCCAUCUCUCAAGUAAAUAAAUCUUUGAGAAAAAAAAAUAAAGAAGAAAUUGUAAGUUUGGUGUUAGGAUGAAGUGAAUCAGAUGAAAAGCUUAAAGAUAAUUGCAUGAUCACCGUGUUCUAGUAUUGCAGACUAAAAAUAAUUAUUGAGACAGCAGGUUCAUUGAUAGAAGGUCCUUUUUAAGUACUACUUUUUUUGAAGUCCACGGAGGGAGGGAAUGGAGAUAGCUGAGGAGGAGGAGCAGCCAGAAAGAAACAGGAAGAUGCUGGCACAUAGAAAUCAGGGAAGGCAACAGAUUCAACAGGAAGCAGCUGUGGGGAAGUAGAGGCGGGACAAUCAAGGGCCUGUCCCACUUAGCAAACCUGAUUCACAAGUACCAUCUUGGAAACUUGGCAUUGAGUCAGUUGUUGAAGGUCCCAUAAUCAUAUUCUUAACAAUGCCCAGUGCUCUGCAGAGUUUGAGGAGGAGAUGAGCGGAGAGGAGUAUCCUUUUGCUGGAAUGAGCACUGCCAGUCUCCAGGGACCCUCCUGGCUGCCCUGGAGUGUGGCUUGAAGAAGCAGGAAUUAGAUGACAGAGGAAAGCAGUAGCUCCCAGGCAACUUGGCGUUUGGUAGUCAGAAAAGGGGGUAGAUUUGUUGUCUUGGGAUAGUACAUUCAGAAAAAGCUAUUUGAGGCAGAUAAAUUAUAAACACUUAAACAUUUAUAUUUUUAGGUAGGAGAAAUACAUAUAAGCACAUUCAAAAUAGGUAUGAACUUGUAAAACCAAAAAAUGAAAUAAGGGUGAGGAAGUGUGGGCUGUUGGUGUUAAAAUUGUAGACAUAACGAUCAGUUUGAUAGCAUCCUGUGGAUUUUAAGGUGUUUCACACACACGAUUAAUUUGGAGCCUCACGUCCAGUGGGAAGUGGAUGCAGCCACUUCAGUGAUGAGGAAGUUGGGGUUCAGCAGCAUAAGGCUUUAGGAUAGACAGACAGCAUCCUUCUUCCAAGACAGUAGAGCGGGGUGAGAGGAGAACUGGGAGAGGCACUGAUGGUUAGGAGUUAUGGUGGUGGUAACUGGGGAUCUGGUCAGGUUAUAAGCUAUUGCUCAGUGCGGUGCCCCCAAACGUAGUCCAAGAAGACGUGAGUAGCAAAAUGGAGGCAGGCAGGAGGCAAUCCCAGCACGGGCCAUUACCUUCAUCCUGCGGCUAACCUUCUGCAAUAGUGCCGUGUUGAGAACUUCGUGGAAAUGUCUUUGUGAGGAAUACCACUCUCCACUUGCCCAAGGGAUGCCUAGCAGGGACAAGGCCUACUAUUCUCUCAAUUCCAAACAUGCCCACCAUAAAUUCUUUGGAUUUUUAAGGAUAUGGCAUGCAAAGUGUUGUUAAGAAAUGAGGCCUUUCUUGUGUGCAGCGCUUAUCCCUCUGGUGUUAGGUAAGGCGUACCCAUUAUUGCUGACUGAUUUCAUAUUAGCAGUGUGAAUAAAUAUAGACCAUUUAGAAUAGCCCAUUAGAAUUUUGUUUGGAGGUCGUUUUAGAGUAAUAAUUACCUUGGAGAUAAUCAUCUGUAUUCAGAGCAGAGUGCUUGGGGAAGUGCUUGGAGGUAGAAAUGCAUUUGCAUUUCACAGUCAGGUUUAUCACUGUGAGUUCCCAGGCAACUCAUCUCCCAGAAUGGCACUGUCAUCCUUCACCCACAUGUCCUUUUGCAAGGAUGAAAAGUUGAGUGACACAGGAGUCCUGUGCGUUUGGAAGAGAUGGAGCAGGCUUGAUGUGGAUUCAGGAGUUCAAGCUGACAGGGGCAUUGUAAGAGGAAGGUCCCUAGGAUGGCAUUUUAGAAGAGAAAGCCCAUUGGGAAGCCUUUGGAAGAAAGAAAAUUGCUGUGGGCUGAUGGAUGUGAGAUGGAAUAGUCUCCACUCAUUCUGCCCUGGGUUGUGUUGUACAACUUAGUAUAGUCAGAGUCUGGGUUGAACAGGUGACAGAACUCAUGAAUGUGGGCAUCGCCGUUCAGUGCAGCCCACUGUUCCCCAGUUUUCCUGAAGGUAGAAGGUGGGGUUGGAUGGUUGGUGGUUUGUGAUUUCUCUUAAGUGGAAACCUUGAGAACCCAGGGUGUCCGUCUGCAGUCACAGCAUGGAGGUAGCAAGGAUGGCUGCACGGGGGACCAACGCAGCGUCCGGGGUCUUGCAGAGAAUCCCAGGUGAGCCACGGGCUGUGGUCUUGCUUGUUGUUGGGCACUUUUGUGGCAGCCAAGCCUGUGCAGCUGCACUCUGCCUCCGCAGCUGCCAACUGGGAGGAGCUUCUGGCUCUGUCCCCAGAGUGCUUAAGGUUGAACCAGAAGCAAGACAUUCACAAUUGGGUAACUGUGUGGAGAUUGUUUCAAAAGGAAAGGGGGACUUGCAAUAGAGAAACUGCUGAGAUCCAUCCCUUGCAUAGUUCUUUCCUUCCUCCUGUGUGGGAUCCUCUUCCCUCCCCUAGCCCAGCUGCCACCUAAGAUAAAGCAGCCACCCUGACCACACCUGGGCCAGGGGAGGGCAGGAAAGAGGGCAGUACCCAUCCUGUUCUGAGUGGUGCAGCCCUUGGGUGUGCCGGGAUUGUGCUGAUUUGUUUUGGUCCCCGCCCUCCGUGCCCAAACACCCAUCUACCUUGAGAAUCAAAAUGUUGCUUGAAGUCUCUGGUGGGAAGGGACAUCCGUAGCCCCGCUUUGGGGGUGUGAAGCAAAGGCUGAUAAUGAACCGAGCUGUUCGCCGGCAGCUCAAGAACUGUUGACAAGGCUGGGAUUUUUACUGGGAGAAGGGAUCCCGAGUGCCACACACAUAACCAUGGAAGACAAAAACGAAACCAUGUGCACAGCUCUGAGCCAAGGCAUCAGCCCUUGCUCCACACUAACAAGCAGCACCGCAUCUCCUAGCACCGAUAGCCCCUGCUCAACCUUGAAUAGCUGUGUCAGCAAGACGGCAGCCAACAAAAGUCCCUGUGAGACCAUUAGCAGCCCCAGCUCCACCCUGGAAAGCAAGGACAGUGGAAUCAUAGCCACAAUUACGAGUUCUUCUGAAAAUGAUGACCGGAGUGGCUCCAGUUUGGAGUGGAAUAAAGACGGAAGCCUAAGGUUAGGGGUUCAGAAGGGAGUGCUUCAUGAUCGCAGGGCAGAUAACUGCUCCCCGGUGGCGGAAGAGGAGCCCCCUGGGCCGGCGGAGAGCGGCCUGCCCAAAGCGGAAUCCUCAGCUGGAGAUGGUCCAGUCCCCUAUUCUCAGAGCUCCAGCUCGCUAAUAAUGCCGCGGCCCAACUCAGUUGCAGCAACAAGCUCAACGAAGUUGGAAGAUCUGAGCUACUUAGAUGGACAGAGAAAUGCCCCUCUAAGAACAUCAAUUCGAUUACCAUGGCACAAUACGGCAGGAGGUAGGGCACAGGAAGUUACAGCACGAUUUGUUCCAUAUAAGCCACAAGACAUCUUGUUGAAACCCCUGCUGUUUGAAGUACCAAGCAUAACGACGGACUCUGUGUUUGUGGGAAGGGACUGGCUCUUUCACCAGAUAGAAGAGAACUUGAGGAACACGGAACUGACAGAAAACAGAGGAGCGGUUGUCGUUGGGAACGUGGGAUUUGGGAAGACAGCAAUCAUUUCCAAGUUGGUGGCACUUAGCUGCCACGGGAGCCGCAUGAGGCAGAUUGCCUCCCACAGCCCCAGCUCGUCACCCAAGACAUCUGAUCCCUCCCAGGAGCUUCCUUUCGCUCCGCUGCUUUCACCGGCUUCUUCUACAAGUGGUCCCAACGCGGCUAAAGCACCUGCUGGGUCUGGGGCCCCCGAAAACCAGAGACCAAGAGAGGAUGCAGUGAAAUACCUUGCUUCUAAGGUGGUGGCCUACCACUACUGCCAGGCCGACAACACCUACACCUGCCUAGUCCCCGAGUUCGUGCACAGCGUGGCGGCUCUGCUCUGCCGCUCCCAUCAGCUGGCUGCCUACAGAGACCUUCUGAUCAAGGAGCCACAGCUGCAGAGCAUGCUGAGCCUCAGAUCCUGUGUGCAGGACCCCGUGGCCGCUUUCAAGAGGGGAGUGCUGGAGCCGCUGAUCACCCUGAGAAACGAGCAGAAAAUUCCUGAAGAAGAGUACAUUAUCUUGAUAGAUGGCUUAAACGAAGCGGAGUUUCAUAAACCUGAUUAUGGAGAUACACUUUCUUCAUUUAUCACCAAAAUAAUUUCUAAAUUUCCCGCCUGGCUGAAGUUGAUUGUGACUGUGCGUGCGAAUUUUCAGGAAAUCGUAAGUGCACUGCCCUUCGUCAAGCUCUCCUUGGACGACUUUCCAGACAACCAGCACAUCCACAGCGACCUGCACGCCUACGUCCAGCACCGGGUGCAGAGCAGCCAGGACAUCCUCAGCAACAUCUCCCUGAACGGCAAGGCGGACGCCGCCCUCAUCGGGAAAGUGAGCAGCCACCUGGUCCUGCGCAGCCUCGGCUCCUACCUGUACCUCAAGCUCACCCUGGACCUCUUCCAGAGGGGCCACCUGGUCAUCAAAAGCGCCAGCUACAAGGUGGUGCCGGUGUCUCUGUCCGAGCUCUACCUGCUGCAGUGCAACAUGAAGUUCAGGACCCAGUCGGCCUUUGAGCGAGUGCUCCCCAUUCUGAACGUGGCCCUAGCGUCCCUGCACCCCAUGACGGACGAGCAGAUAUUCCAGGCCAUUAACGCCGGCCACGUCCAUGGGGAGCAGGGGUGGGAAGACUUUCAGCAGCGGAUGGAUGCCCUCUCCUGUUUCCUCGUCAAGAGGAGAGACAAAACCCGCAUGUUCUGCCACCCCUCCUUCAGGGAAUGGCUCGUGUGGAGGGCAGACGGCGAGAACACGGCCUUCCUGUGCGAGCCCAGGAAUGGACAUGCGCUCCUGGCGUUCAUGUUCUCGCGGCAGGAGGGCAAGCUGAACCGCCAGCAGACCAUGGAGCUCGGCCACCACGUCCUGAAGGCGCACAUCUUCAAGGGCCUCAGUAAGAAGACGGGAAUCUCAUCGAGCCAUCUCCAAGCCCUGUGGAUCAGUUACAGCACCGAAGGGCUGUCUGCUGCCCUCGCGUCUCUCAGGAAUCUCUAUACUCCCAACGUGAAGGUGAGCCGUCUCCUGAUCUUGGGAGGGGCCAACGUGAACUACAGGACAGAAGUGUUAAACAACGCCCCCAUCCUGUGCGUCCAGUCUCACCUCGGCCACGAGGAGGUCGUCACUCUGCUCCUGGAGUUCGGCGCCUGCCUGGACGGGAUGUCGGAGAACGGCAUGACCGCCCUGUGCUACGCUGCAGCUGCUGGCCACAUGAAGCUGGUGUGUCUGCUGACCAAGAAGGGGGCGAGGGUGGACCACUUGGAUAAGAAAGGCCAGUGUGCGCUGGUCCACAGCGCCCUGCGGGGCCACAGUGACGUUCUCCGCUUCCUGCUGACCUGUGAGUGGUCGGCGGGGCCGUCGCAGCCGGGGGCACUGAGGAAGAGCCAAGCCCUGCAGCAGGCGCUGACUGCAGCCGCCAGCAUGGGCCACAGCUCGGUGGUCCAGUGCUUGCUGGGAAUGGAAAAGGAACAUGAAAUAGAAGUCAAUGGCACCGACACACUGUGGGGAGAAACAGCCCUGACAGCCGCCACGGGACGGGGCAAGCUGGAGGUGUGCGAGCUGCUGCUGGAGCAUGGAGCUGCCGUGUCUCGGACCAACAGGAGAGGGGUCCCACCUUUGUUCUGUGCCGCACGCCAGGGGCACUGGCAGAUCGUGAGGCUGCUGUUGGAGCGCGGCUGCGACGUGAACCUGAGUGACAAGCAGGGCCGGACGCCCCUCAUGGUGGCCGCCUGUGAAGGCCACUUGAACACCGUGGAGUUUCUCCUUUCCAAAGGUGCUGCGCUUUCUUCUCUGGACAAAGAGGGCCUGUCGGCACUGAGCUGGGCUUGUCUGAAAGGCCACCGGGCCGUGGUCCAGCAUCUGGUGGAGGAGGGAGCCGAGAUAGACCAGACAGACAAGAACGGCCGCACGCCCCUGGACCUGGCUGCCUUCUGUGGUGACGCUGACACCGUGCUGUACCUGGUGGAGAAGGGAGCCGUGAUCGAGCACGUGGACCACAGUGGGAUGCGUCCCCUGGACAGAGCCAUCGGCUGCCGAAACACCUCUGUGGUGGUGACACUCCUCAGGAAAGGAGCCAAACUGGGAAAUGCUGCGUGGGCGAUGGCCACCUCCAAACCUGAUAUUCUGAUUAUACUCUUGCAGAAAUUGAUGGAGGAAGGAAAUGUGAUGUACAAAAAAGGGAAGAUGAAGGAGGCGGCGCAGAGGUACCAGUACGCCCUGAGGAAGUUCCCCCGAGACGGGCUCGGAGAGGACAUGAGGCCGUUCAACGAGCUGCGGGUUUCCCUCUACCUCAAUCUGUCCCGCUGCCGAAGGAAAACGAACGACUUCGGCAUGGCAGAAGAGUUUGCUUCCAAGGCCCUCGAAUUGAAACCCAAGUCCCAUGAAGCCUUCUAUGCCAGGGCGAGGGCGAAGAGAAACAGCAGGCAGUUCGUGGCAGCGCUGGCGGACUUGCAGGAGGCGGUGAAGCUCUGUCCCAACAAUCAGGAAAUCAAGCGGCUCCUGGCCCGCGUGGAAGAGGAGUGCAAGCAGCUACAGAGGAGCCAACAGCAGAAACAGCCGGGCCCGCCGCCGGCUCCUCACAACGACUCGGACAAUGAAGAGGAGGCCCCGGCCGCUGGCCUCGACGACCGCUUCGAUCUCGAGGAGGUGGAAGAGGAAGAAACGUCUCCCCCCGAGGAGCCCAUCUCCCCGCCGCCCAGGUGCCAGCCGUCGCCAUACAUCCGGAACCUUCAAGAAGGGCUACAGUCCAAAGGCCGGCCGGGCUCGCCCCAGAGCAGGGCCGCCGUGGGCAAGCCACCGCGGGAGCCCGUGGCCCAGCCGGGGCUCAUCCUGCAGCCCAGCAAACAGGCGCAGAUCGUGAAGACGAGCCCGCGGCCAGCACCCGGACCCGGAGCGAGGGGCGUGCCCCAGAACCCUCCGCCGAGUCCCAUGCCCCCUCGGAUCUCUGCAGCCACGGCGGGCAGAAGCCAGCACGUGGAGGUAGCGGGCCUAGUCCCCGCGGGCGCGGGCUGUAGCCACGGAGGGGAGCGGCGCGGCCCCAGCCACCACGCUCAGCUGUCCGGCCAGGUGAAAGCCCCGGGGGCUGUGGACGCGGCCUCCCUGGCCAGUUCCGGCUCUUCGGGGUCUCCCUGCAGCAGCAUAAAGAUGUCAAGUUCAACCAGCAGUUUGACUUCAAGCAGCAGCUUCUCCGACGGCUUCAAGGUCCAAGGUGCAGACGCGCGGAUGAAAGACAAGGCUGGCCACCAGGUCCCCGGUGGCACGGCGGAGCACAGGCCCCGCAACACCCCGUUCAUGGGCAUCAUGGACAAGACGGCCCGGUUCCAGCCGCAGAGCCACCCCACGCACCGCACCUGGCACUGCCAGGGCACCGAGGGGCUCCUGCCGGGCCCGGCCCCUGCAGCUGGCCUGCAGGCCUCGAACUCUGAGAAGCCCCCGCUCAAGCCCGGAGGCACCUACGCUAACCAAGCCAAAGCCUGCCCAAUGCCCACACUGGGUGGCAGCGUCCGCAAUGGGGCGCAGGGGAAGCAGCUGGAAGAGGCCCCCUGUCAGGACAGCAGGGUCGCCAAGGGCGUCUCUCACCUGUAUCACGAAGGCCUGGUGAAGCCGCAGCCUCACGCUGGCGGCGAGGCACACAGGAGCCACCUGCCCUCAGGCAAACCGAAGCGAUCGUUCAUCGAGUCCAACGUGUGAGCCCGCGCUGCACCUGGAGGCCAGCGUGCGCCUGGGGGCGGAGCAUCCCAUGGGCUCAUUCGUUUAACACACACACAACUUUUUAGCUGUAUUUUUUUCCUUUCUUCCUCUGGGGUGAAUCCAGUGUUACUGAUAUAUUUAAAAAUAUGGAAUAAAACUUAUGUUAUAAAGAGCUAGAAGCCACCUUAAAUAAGAACAAGAAACGGAAUCGAAAAUAAUAAUUAGCUGUACCUAUCAACUUCAAAAUGUAAGACAGCCAAGCAGAUAUUAACUCGUGCUUUUCUCCUGAAAUGAUUUGGUUUUAAUCACUUUUCUCGUAGCUUUUGCUAUGUGGCAAAAUCAGUAUUUGCUUAGAGAAUACAAAUGCCCACUGACAGAGAAGGGUAGGUGUAACUCAUGGUGUAAAGUCCAUGUAAAGUCUUCUGAAAAAGAAUUUUCAAGUUGCAGUCCACUGAGUCAGAUCCCGAUUUUAUUUAUACAUGUAAGAGCAUAAAACUAGGACCUGAGUGAUUUCUAGCUAAAUAUGACUGUAAACAUAGUAGGGUUGUUUUUUUUUUUUUUUUUUGCUUUUUUCAAAAGCAAAAUAUGAGAAUAUGCAAGUAUUGAUCCCUUGAUAGCAAUUCCUUUAAGAGGAUUGUACACUUAUUUCCAUCCUAUGGGUCUUCAUAAGAUACUUAGAGCACCUUUUUGAAGCUGUAUUUGUGCCUCAAGGUGUUCUGGAUAUUGGGAACAGUAUGGAAGCUGUUUGCAGUCGGGACUGGUAGCAAGCUGGGGCCUUGCGGCAGUGCCAAGCGCAGUGUUCUCUGGCACUUGGAGACGAGCUCUCGCCUGGCUCCAGAACCACUGGGGACAAUGACAGUGCUCCUGGAGCAAGCCUUCCACGGUCCUCUAAGGACAGCAGUAAAUCUGGACACUUAAAAGGUAUGGCUGGUCAUUGCUCCUGCCUUAUCAUACAAUCAUUCCCUUAUGGGUACAUGCCAUUUAUAUGAAGUAGCCCAGUUUUCUCCAGACUUGUAAAUAGAAGGAUUUCAAGGUAGUUCAUUUACAAAGAGAGCCCCAGUCACACAUCUGCAUGUUCUCUGUCCGCUUCCCCCAUGCUGGGACUGCACUGAAUGGCGUUAGGGCAUGCUAGCAGUGUACCAGUAAGGCACUUUAUCUCAUUAUACGAACACCUCUGAGGUGCUACGCAAGUCCAACCUGAUGUAUUAUCCACUUGUAAAGUUAAGGUACAGGAAUGAACCUUGGUUAAAAGGUAUUUUUCUAUGAAAAUGGGUGUUAUUGGAGGAUGUUAAAAACGCUAGUUUGAAAGAGGUGGGAGAGUAUUUGUUUUCUAUGUUGGGAUGUGAAGUUUAUUUUCUAGAACCAGGGAGAAGGAAGUUCUAUAUUUGCAGAAUGUUUUAAUGCGUUGUCGCGGUGACGUUCCCGUGAGCAGCAUCGCAGUUCGCACGGCAGGACUGUGGCGUGCCUCCCGGCCCCGUGUACAGCGUGCUGCGGACAAGUGGCCGGCCCCUUUUUUACGAGCUUUCCGUGAGGUCUGCUAUUACUGUGGCUUAUUUAUUGUUUUCUUUAAUAUUUGUGAAAGUCUUACUCUUUUGUUACGUAGUUUUGUUUCUGCACAACUACUGUACUUUUCCAUCCAGAAUAAAGACUGUUAAUAGAA